AGGCGUAGCUUUUGCCUGAAGUUGAGUUCCCCGUCUGCUGUAAUUAAACUUUCUGAAACUUCGCGUCAGUCCGCUGUUGCUGUUCCGCCAGCGCACACUGCCUACCCUCUUCACACAGACUGUUUCUCUACGAUAUAUUACUAAUAACAAUGCACGGCAAUGACACUCUACUGCUUUUCUUGUCUUUAAUUCUCUUUUGCAUUGGACUGAAGGCAAUAUCAGCGCAAUCUGCCGUGUACGAGACAGAUGUGGUCGUUCCGCAGGAGCUGCGGCCAGACGAGGUGCACCUGCUCCAGGGAGCCUACAGGUGGAGCAGAGGUCGCAGACAACGUUCGGACCAUCAGCAGGAGGACCACCUGUUUCUACGGCUGCCUGCUUUUGGAAAGGAACUGUACUUGCAGCUCCAGAGAGACGACUCUUUCCUCGCCGAGGGGUUUGUGAUGGAGGAGAGGAGCGAGGAGGGCAGCGUUCAGCAUGAGCCUGUUCUAAGGGUUCGGCGAUGUUUCUAUACCGGAGCCGUUCUCAAUCACACUGACUCUUUCGCCUCAUUGGACGCUUGUGGUGGACUGACUGGCCUAGUUCAAACUAAAGAGGAAAGACUGUUCAUCUCGCCAGUGGGCCAGGCCGCGGAUUCCUUCUCUGGCUGGGAACACCGAGUGAUCCGGGAAAUACAUUCUUCAUCGGAUGGACCUGCUACUGCUGCAGACAGCAACCCGAAAUUCUGCCAAACCAUCCAAGACAAGAAGAAGGAGAAAAGGUCAAAAGGAGCAGAGGAGGUGCGUGGCAGGAGGAACGCCAUCAGGCUGAGUAGAGAGUACACUGUGGAGACGGUCGUGGUGGCUGACGCAAACAUGGUGCAGUACCACGGUGCUGAGGCUGCCCAACGCUUUCUGCUCACCGUCAUGAACAUGGUUUAUAACAUGUUUCAGCACCAGAGUUUGGGUGUGUUGCUCAACAUCCGGGUUACCAAGUUAGUUCUCCUGCACACCCGUCCAGAAAAGCUAAAGGUGGGCCAUCAUGGGGAAAAAGCCUUGGAGAGCUUCUGUCACUGGCAGCAUGAAGAAUACGGCACACGAUACCUGGGUAACAAUCAUGUUCCUGGGAGCAGAGAUGACCCUCCUCCUGUGGACGUAGCUGUGCUGGUCACCAGAACAGAUUUUUGUGUCCACAAAGAUGAACCUUGUGACACAGUUGGAAUCGCUUAUCUGGGUGGCACCUGUAGCUCCAAGAGGAAGUGUGUGCUGGCGGAGGACAAUGGACUCAACCUGGCCUUCACCAUCGCUCAUGAGCUGGGCCACAACAUGGGCAUGAGCCAUGAUGACGAUCAUGCCAGCUGCACAGGCCACUCUCACAUCAUGUCUGGGGAAUGGGUCAAAGGUCGUAACCCCAGUGACCUCUCCUGGUCCACCUGCAGUCGUGACGACCUGGAAAAAUUCCUCAGAUCAAAAGCAAGUGCCUGUUUGCUGCAUACUGACCCACGUAACCGCUACCUCAUCCGUCUGCCAGCCAAACUUCCUGGGAUGCACUACAGCGCUGAUGAACAGUGCCAGAUUUUAUUCGGCACAAACGCAACUUUCUGCACUGAUAUGGAGCACCUGAUGUGUGCGGGUCUCUGGUGUUUGGUGGAAGGAGACACGUCAUGUAAGACCAAACUAGAUCCACCGCUGGACGGCACAGAAUGUGGAGCUGACAAGUGGUGCAGGGCUGGUGAGUGUGUCAGUAAGACGCCCAUCCCACAGCAUGUGGAUGGAGACUGGAGUCCAUGGAGCACAUGGAGCAUGUGCAGCCGAACAUGUGGCACAGGAGCGCGCUUCAGACAGAGGAAAUGUGACAACCCCCCGCCCGGUCCAGGAGGGAAGUACUGUCAGAAGGCCAGCGUGGAGCACAAAGUGUGCGAGGGGCCGCCUUGUUCAAAGGGUCUGCCCACGUUUAGAGACCAGCAGUGUAAGUCUCAUGACCGCCAGGCUAUUAAGAAGAAAAACCAGAUGUGGUCAGCUGUGAUCGACGAUGAAAAGCCAUGCGCUCUAUACUGUACACCCAUUGGCAGUGAUGCACCGGUACUAGUGGCCGAACGUGUGCAGGACGGGACGCCAUGUGGACCUUAUGAGAGCGACCUGUGUGUGAGCGGAAAAUGUCAGAAAAUCGGCUGUGAUGGCAUCAUCGGUUCAUCUGCGAAAGAAGAUCGAUGCGGCGUCUGCAAUGGUGAUGGCAAAUCCUGCAGGAUCAUUAAAGGAGACUUCAACCACUCCAAAGGGAUGGGUUACAUUGAGGCAGCUGUCAUUCCGGUGGGAGCUCGACGAAUCAAAGUUGUGGAAGACAAGCCAUCCCAUAGCUUUCUGGCUCUGAAGGACUCCAGCAAGAGAUCCAUAAACAAUGACUGGAAAAUCGAGCUGCCAGGGGAGUUUGAGCUUGCUGGCACCACAGUUCGCUAUGUGAGGAGAGGACUGUGGGAAAAGAUGUCUGCCAAGGGACCCACUAAGACUCCACUCCAUCUCAUGGUUCUCCUGUUCCACGAUCAAACGUACGGGAUCCACUAUGAGUACACAGUUGCCCUGAACCAGUCGCAGGAGAACAGCAGCGAUUCGGUAAAGGAGCCAGAGCACAUGUACCUGUGGACUCACAGCAGCUGGAAGGACUGCAACGUACACUGCGGAGGAGGAGAGAGAAGGACUGUGGUGUCGUGCAUGAAAAUCAUUAACAAGACCAUGACUCAAGUAAACAACAGCUACUGCCAGGUGGAGAACAGACCUUCGCCUCAAAUCCGCCCGUGCAACCUCCACCCCUGCCAAUACAGGUGGGUCACUGGCGCUUGGGCACAGUGUUCAGUAACGUGCGGUAAAGGCUUGCAGAAGAGGGAAGUUGGCUGCGUGUACCAGCUGCAAAAUGGCACAUACAUUCCCACCAGAGACCUGUACUGUCUCGGCUCCAAACCAGCUGGAGUACAGCACUGCGAGGGACGCCACUGCCUCACCGUGUGGGAGGCCUCCGAAUGGUCCAAGUGUUCCUCUGAAUGCGGUCAUGGCAGCAGGAAGCGGACAGUGACCUGCACCAAUCCUCAGGGUCUCUGUGAUCCCGUGUCUCGUCCCGCAGAGGAGGAGAUGUGUGAGGAUCACUCCAAAUGUUACGAGUGGAAGACCAGUGAAUGGUCUAAGUGCUCAUCAUCCUGUGGGCGGGGCUUGCAAUCCAGAGUGGUCCAAUGCAUGCACAAAGUGACCGGUCGUCAUGGCAGCGACUGCCCAGUAGUCCUGAAGCCCCCCGCGUACAGGCAGUGUCACCAGGGGGCGUGUAACGUAAAAGUCAAUGUGAACACCAUCACCUCCCCUAGACUGGCUGCAUUGACGUACAAGUGCACGGGGGAUCAGUGGGCGGUUUACUGCAGGGUGAUCCGAGAUAAGAACCUGUGCCAGGACAUGCGCUGGUACCAACGCUGCUGCCAGACCUGCAGAGACUUUUACACCAACAAAAUGCCCCCUAAGAGUUAAUGACCCCGGCCACAACAACACAUAGAGGUUUAUUUUUGCCUUUCCCAUUUGUACUGUCAAGAAUAAUAUGUUUAAUAUUUUUGAAAUGUUAUUACGUGAAAAUGAAAGCAGCCUGAAAGCAGUGGAACAGAUAUUUUCAAGCAGAACACACUAUGCAAACUUUUGAAGGCACUGAGGUUUGUUACCACCAAAGUAUGUACUUGCAGUGUGUUGGUCAAUCGUUUGCGUACUUGCAUUGCGUUUGUUUCUUGUUUUUGGACUUGAAGGUUUCUUGUUUUGUCAUGUUUUGCUGUAAUCCACCCUUUAGUCCCUGAAAGUGACUUCUUCAGCAUACUGGCUCAUUUCUCCAGAUAACCAGCUGUGGGUGCUUUCUUAAGGCCACUGGUUGGCCAAUAACUGAUGGACUUUUUUUUUUUUUUUUGACUCAGAUCAAUUAUCUUUUGUCUUGUUUUUGCUUUUAUUUCUGAGUAUAAUAAUAACUUGUAUUGUUAUAUUGGCUCUGUAACCAAAACCUAGUGAUCUGCCUUGCUCCUUACAAAUGAUUUCAGUAGAGUUUGGAAUUAGCCUGUUGCUAAUCUAACAAUGGUAGACUUGGUAACAUUUGGUCGAUGUGACUUACAUUGCAUUCACAGUAUACAUUUUUUUAUUAGUUCAUGCAUUCCUUUGGAAUCGAACCUGAUGAUCUUGCCGUUGCUAGUGCCAUACUAUAUCCUUGCAUUAUGCGUGCAUAUAAUAAUAGAUCAUGCAAUGCAUUAUUGUAGUUCUCAUUGUGUGCAUCUGCAGCAAAAGAAGACUUUAAAGGGUUAGUGCACCCAAAAAUGGAAACUCUAUCAUUAAUUACUCACCCUCGUGUCGUUCCACACCCGUAAGACCUUCGAUCAUCUUCUGAACACAAAUAAAGAUCGUUUUGAUGAAAUCCAAAGUUUCUGACCUCCAUAGAGAUCCAACGCAACUACCACUUUCAAGGUCCAGAAAGGUAAUAAAGACAUCAUUAAAGUAAUCCAUGUGACUCCAGUGGUUUAACCUCAAUUUUAUGAAGUGACGCGAGUGCUUACGGGUUUGGAAUGACACGAGGAUGAGUAAUUAAUGACAGAAUUUUCAUUUUUUGGUGAACUAACCCUUUAAGGUAGUAUAAUCAUGCUGCCUACCUUUUUGAACAGUCUUCACACUGAGAGCCUUAAAAUACUGCAUACGUAGGCAGCUCACUGGGUUUUGUAAAAGAGCUAAAGUAGCUUGUGUUAUUUAAUUCAUAAAGAGCCAUCUCAAUGCAGUUGAACAGCCAAGCUGAUAAUAAGUGACCCAUUCGAGUAGUUUUUCUCUUAGGGUUUAUGUAUUUUAUAUAAAACUAGGCUAAUUUGUGGCUCUCUCAGAAUGUGGCCACUAUUUUCUUUUCAUUAUUUACCACACUCUCUGUGUGUUUUAGAUAUUUGUUGUGUUAUUUCAUAUAUUAGUACUUGGUAUCUUCUGCAGUGUAAACAAGUGAGUCUUCAUUAGUCUGUUGCUUUUGGUGCUUCGUUAGUUCACCCCAAAUUGAAAAUAUUGUCAUUAUUUUACUCAAACUCAUGUCGUUCGGAACCAGUAUGCUGUCAUUUCUUCUUUUGAAUGCUAGACAUUUUCAGUAAUGUCUACUUAAAUUGCACAGAGGUAUCUUAUAGCUUCAGAAUAAUUAAAAAUAGUGUCAUACACUACCGCUUUUUGUUUUUGAAAGAAAUUAAUACUUUUAUUUAGCAAGGAUGCAUUAAAUUGAUCAGAAAAUGACAGUCAAGACAUUUAUAACGUUAUUAACGUAAGAGAUUUCUAUUUCAAAUAAAUGCUGUUCUUUUAAACUUUCUAUUCAUCAGAAAAUUCUGAAAAUAAUUUGCCACCGUUUCCUCACAAAUAUUAACCAACACAACUGUUUUCAAUAUUGAUAAUAAUAUUAUUAUGAUUUCUGAAGGAUCAUGUGACAUUGAAGACUGGAGUAAUGAUGCUGAAAAUUCAGGUUUGUUUUCCAGAAAUAAAUGACAUUUUAAAAUAUAUUCAAAUAGAAAACAGUUAUUUUAAAUUGUAAUAAUAUUUUACAAUAUUACAGUUUUUCUGUAUUUUUGAUCACAUAAAUGCAGUCUUGGUGAGAAUAAAAGACUUCUUUCAAAAACAAAUCUUACCGACUUAUGAACGGUAGUGUAACUAAUGUUAUGACACUUUAAUGGUGCUUUUAGUAUUUAAUGGUACCUUUGCUCUCUAUAUGCUUCUUAUUUUAUGGAAAACAUAGCAUGAACAUUCUCCAAAACAUCUAACAAGUAGUAAAGAACAUGAGGAUAAAUAAAUGACAAGAGAAUUUUUAGUUUUGGGGUGCACUGUUCCUUUAAGGUGUAGUAAAAUCAGGGUACAAUAAAUGUAUUUGACUAAUCAUCUUUUAGGGAUCAUUCACACAGAACACGGCUGUGUCCAAUAUCACCCCCUAUACCCUCAAUCACUAUUACCUACAUUGGUCCACUAAUAUAGUUCACUUGAAAGAGAAAAUGAAAACGAGUGUGUGAAUUCGGACACUGAGUGUGCGCUUUUGCAAAGUUUGUACUUACUGUUUAAUAAUCAUUUGAAACUUAGCAAACUGGCAGCUCCAGUAGUACACUCGUUAUUGUGGUGCAUUGUGGGAUUGAAUGAGUGCAAUUGAUAAUGUCCACUAUGGUUUUGGACACCACUACAAAUGGCUUUCCCCACAAAUAGUGCCCUAUUUAAGGCUAUAGGGGGCGAUUUCGGACACAGCCCACAUUUUUGCAUUUAAAAAUGCAGACGGAUGUCAGUGAAGUGAAAAAAAUGCAAGGUCUAGAGACGCAUUUUUUAAAAGUUGAACUUGAGCGCCGUCAUGCACAAGACGCUGCAAAAGAUGUGAGCGCAGCGGUCAAACAUGUCCGUCUAUCGCGUUUACAUUGACAAACAAUGAAAAAAUUGUGCAGUGGAAUGGAAAAAUGUGUCCUGUGUGAACGGCCCACAAGUCUGAUGGUGCUGCAGUGCCACAGUUGUCGCACUCAAACAUGCUCUCCUUGAGUCUUUGUGCUUGUAUGUCUGAUUAAUUUGUCAGUAUGAGACAAUAAUGCCUUCAUUUAAAAUGUAAAAUUUUCACUUUGUGCAAUAGAGGCAGUACAUAUGCAAACAUAUCCCAUGUAUAGAUAGGCCUGUUUUAUUUCACAGAAUUUAAGAAUAAGUUUGUAAGAAACAUUACAGUCCAAAUCUCAUAAUUAAUAUCUAGAUACAAUUUCUGGGAGUUUACAAGGUACUUUACAGUCAGGAUGUGGUCAGAAAAUGUGAAAUUUUAAGUUUGUAUUUCAUAAAAUAACCCCAUGGCCGAAAGCGACACUGCAUAUGUGUGCGUGAGAGACUCUGUUUCAAAACAUACUGAGCCACCUACUGCCUACAUAGGGAGCUGCCUUCUAAGAUAGCACCCUAACUGAAAUAAAACCUCACUAGUGACCGUUUGGGAGUGCUCUUCAAAGGCAACAACUCAGUGAGUUUUAUGCUACUCCUAUAAGCAUGAAAUGUAUAGCAUACACAUGCCGUUGAUGCCUUAAAAUGCUCACUAGGUUUUGGAACAGAGCUUAUAUGUGUGUUUGAGACCUUGGCUCCGGUUGCAUCUACCAGGUUGCACAAGGUCACAACAGGUGCUAGACAAAUUUCACUACUGUGAAAUUCAGCAGUUUUUUUUUUUCACGUUUUGUUCUUGUACUUUUGUAUGUAUUUAAAUGAAACGUGUUUUUUAAUGUUUGUUAGGAUUAUUUAAUACGUAUUGUAUCUACCUGCUUCUGUCAGAACUAUUUGGUGCAACAGCUUCAUGUUCCAGGUAUAGUGAAUAUUUCUUCUGUAUUCCAGUACUGUAUGUCAGUAGUUGCACAUGUGAUUGGUACUUAAACUUACACUUUCGAUGGUGCUAAUUUAAACAUUUCAGACUGUUCAUACAAAAAAAAAAAUAAUAAUAUUAAUAAAUGUAUAUCCUGUAUUAUGA